AGCGAGUGGCAAUUCCAGUAUAUAAGUGUAUAAUCUAUGGGCAAUUCUGACUAAGCUCCAUCUUUUUUGUCACGAUGCCUCCUAAGAAGCAGCCCGAGAAAUCCGGGGCCGCCGCGUCCAAGCCCGCGGAAAAAAAACCCGCUACUGCCAAAACUCCGGCGGCAGCCCCUAAAGCUGCAUCAGCAAGUGCUGCACCUAAACCGGCGUCUGCCAAAACACCCGCACCCGCUCCUAAAGCCGCAGCACCCAAGGCUCCAGCGGCUAAGCCAGCUCCGGCUAAAGCUGCUUCUGCUCCAACAUCUAAACCUGCUGAGAAGAAAUCAGCUCCAUCAGCUAAACCCGGCUCAGCUAAAGCUGCUGCUUUGAAGGCUAAGUCCAGUGCGAAGCCAUCUGUUAAGAAAGCUGCGGCUGCCUCUAAGCCUAAACCUAAACCAGCUGCAACCAAGUUGAAGAUUGCACCUAAGCCGAAGAAGACUGGAAUUAAAGGACAGAAGAAAGUUGUUAAACCAGUAGCAAAGGCACUGAAAUCCCAGAAAAAGGUUGUAAAAGGUGAACAUGGAAAACGUGUACGGAAAAUCCGUACUUCUGUGCACUUCCGUAGACCCAAGACCUUUGAACCUCCAAGAAAUCCUAAAUACCCAAGGAAAUCGUUGCCUAAGAGAAAUCGUAUGGAUGCGUACAACAUCAUCAAGUAUCCAUUGACAUCUGAAGCAGCCAUGAAAAAGAUUGAGGAUAACAAUACAUUAGUAUUCAUUGUUCACACCAGUUCCAACAAACACCACAUUAAGGCUGCAGUUAAGAAACUGUAUGACAUCAAUGUUGCUAAAGUGAACACUCUUAUUAGGCCCGAUGGUAAAAAGAAGGCGUAUGUGCGACUCGCAAGAGACUACGACGCGUUAGAUGUGGCCAACAAGAUUGGAAUCAUAUAAACAUAUGUACAAUAUUUUAUAAGAAUAUAAAACUGAAAAAGA